AUGCCUUUUGGGGGGUUUUCGGGGCUGAAGGAGCGGGUUCUGAAACCAGGGAAGGAGGAGGUGAAGAAUACAGUAGGAGACGGUCUGGGGAACCUGCAGAGAAAAAUUGAUGGGACCAAUGUGGACGAGGAUGACCAGAUGGAGCUCACGGAGGACGGGCAACCGGUGGCUCCUCGCCACAAUGCCCCUCUGUUUGACUGCGGUUGCUGCGGCCUGCCCAAGCGCUACAUCAUCGCCAUUCUCAGCGGACUGGGCUUCUGCAUCUCCUUUGGCAUCCGUUGCAACCUGGGGGUGGCCAUUGUGGAGAUGGUCAACAACAACACAGUCUACAUCAAUGGGACACCUGUACUCCAGCCAGCUCAAUUCAACUGGGACCCAGAGACUGUGGGACUGAUCCAUGGCUCUUUCUUCUGGGGUUACAUCGUCACACAGAUCCCUGGAGGCUUCAUCUCCAACAAGCUGGCUGCCAACAGAGUGUUUGGGGCGGCCAUUUUUCUCACGUCCAUACUGAAUAUGUUCAUCCCUUCAGCAGCCAGAAGGCACUACGGCUGUGUCAUGUUAGUUCGCAUCCUGCAAGGCUUGGUGGAGGGUGUUACCUACCCUGCAUGCCAUGGGAUGUGGGCCAAAUGGGCCCCUCCCCUGGAGAGAAGUAGACUGGCCACCACCUCAUUCUGUGGUUCCUAUGCAGGUGCUGUGAUUGCCAUGCCUUUAGCAGGAGUCCUGGUUCAGUUUGUUGGAUGGCCCUCGGUCUUCUAUAUCUAUGGUGUAUUUGGGAUUAUAUGGUACAUCUUCUGGCUCCUGCUUGCCUAUGGGAGCCCAGCCGCCCACCCCACUAUAAGCGAUGAGGAGAGGAUCUACAUAGAGACCACCAUUGGCGUGGGUGUCAAAAUAUUGAGCGCCACUGAGAAAUUCAAGACUCCAUGGCGCCGUUUCUUCACCUCCAUGCCUGUCUAUGCCAUCAUCGUGGCUAACUUCUGCCGUAGCUGGACCUUCUAUCUGCUCCUCAUCAGCCAGCCAGCCUACUUUGAGGAGGUGUUUGGCUUCUCCAUCGGCAAGGUGGGGCUCCUGUCUGCUGUGCCUCACAUGGUGAUGACCAUCGUAGUGCCCAUCGGUGGCCAGCUAGCCGACUUCCUACGCAGUCGUAAAAUCAUGUCAACUACAAACGUCCGGAAAAUCAUGAACUGCGGAGGUUUUGGAAUGGAGGCGACUCUGCUGCUGGUGGUGGGGUUCAGUCACACACGUGGGGUUGCCAUCUCCUUCCUGGUGCUAGCUGUGGGCUUCAGUGGCUUUGCCAUCUCAGGGUUCAAUGUAAACCACCUGGACAUUGCUCCUCGCUAUGCCAGUAUCCUAAUGGGCAUCUCCAAUGGUGUUGGCACACUGUCUGGAAUGGUGUGCCCCCUUAUUGUUGGAGCACUGACUAAACACAAGACCCGUCUGGAGUGGCAGAACGUGUUUGUGAUAGCCGCCAUGGUGCACUACACAGGGGUCAUCUUCUAUGCUAUCUUCGCCUCAGGCGACAAGCAGGAAUGGGCAGAACAAGAGAGCACCAGUGAAGAUAAGGUCGGUAUUAUCGACGAGGAUGAGCUGGCCGAAGAGACAGAGCUCAACAGCGAGAUUGCCAUGGUACCCAAGAAAAGCUAUGGAACCACAGAGAACUCAUCGGGUCGCAAACAGGGCUGGAAGAAGAACAGAGGAGUCACCAUGCAGGAGGAUAAGGAUGAUGGGAACUUGCACCACGGGAAUGGGAACUACCAGGAGCAGUUUCAGUGA